GCCAUUGACGGGUUCAGAAUGCAUGACCGCAGUGGGCAUUGAGUGGCCAGGCGGAUGUAAAACACACUGUGUACAAUACAGUAGGGGAACACCCAGUUUAAGCCAGUUGUGUUCAAGCUUAUAUUCAUGUAUUUGGCCUGAACAAGGUUGACCCUUUGUGUGAUAAAAGGGUCUGGUUACACCCUAUUGAACGCCUGAAGAGGACGAGGACAGAACAGGGAGGUGUACAAGUGUCUUUUCGUGGGGAUAUCAUGACGCCGAGAUUGGAUUCUUACUGACAUUCUACACAUGAGGUUCCAGUUGUGAUUCUGACAGUUACAGUAUAUUAUAGACAAUUUCUAAAAUGGAAACCACCCCUCUUGGAAAUAGUGCCCUUGCUUUGGCGCGGUGUCGUGUUCUGUACAUUGGGACUGCCUUACCCACAGAGACUUCUGAAGGGAGCGAAGCAGUGCAGAAACCUCUGCGUGAACGGUAUAAUAAGGAUGGUAAGCUAGAAGGAAUAGAUUCCCGUCUCAUCGUCUACACAGAUGGAAUCCAGCUUCAGUUUAUUGAGGAUGCGAAAACUGUCAUAUGGUUCCCUAUCCUGUCUUUACAUGUAUGUGCUGCUGUAAAAUGCGUCAAGAUCAUAAACGCCGCAACUGGCGGCCAAGGACACAAUUUCGUCCCCCUUGACACUAUCUCGCCUGAACUGAAGGAUGUAAGUCCACCCAUAUUUUCGAUGAUAACCCGUAGGGUGCGAGGGAUCAAAAUCCUUGAAUGUCAUAGUUUUAUUUGCAAGUCCGAUGCAGCAGCAAUGGCCCUUGUUCAGUGCUGCACGCACGCGUAUGAGACCAAAGAUAUUGACGGGAAGCCGUUAGAUGAGGAUGGCCUGAACACCACGUCCAUGACGGAGCAAGGGGAGCAUGGGUACAAAUCAUGGGUCAACGCAUCGCAGUAUAAGGAAGUACCCACAGUGCCUGGAGGUUACUAUGUCGGUGAUGGAGAAAUUCUUGUAAAGAACUAUGGUAUCUGGACUAACUCUACGAAGAUUGCUUCAAUGAAAAGGGCUCAGACGUUAGGUCCGAGUCACAUGGCUCGCGGGGCCCCGAUGGGUGCUUUGAGGUCCCCAGUUCCUCAACUUGAUGAAAAAUUGGCGAGAGGAAAUGCGAGGAUUGCGUACGUUCCUGCCUCCAUGAUACGAAACGUCAACAGGCAAACUGGUGCAGGGACUAUCGACGCCAGUACUCUAAACAAGUACCUUCGGAGGCAGAGUCCAGUGAGAGCACCAGAAGAUGACACCAAAUCGUUCUACAUGUAUCCUCAGGAUAAGCCACGAAUAUCCUACUGGCAAUCAUCUAUGCCGAUGACAAGAUUCCCGAAGUCACCCGUACCUUCGCCGGAUUACGACCAUCCAAAUAACCAGUUCACUUACCCGCCCCAGAGAUUACCAAGUACGCCAGAGUAUUAUACGACAAGUCCAGACCCGAGCUACCCCCCUAAUCGCCGAGAUAAGUCACCUCCACAGCGAUUACAAGAGAACGGAGUGCGGCCACAAAGCGGCCUUGGAGUGCCGACAGGACAGCGCGAGGGACCACGACACUCUGAUGGCCGUCCUCUCACCCCACCACCAGCACGUGUACAACGCGAGGGGCCUCGGCACUCCGACGGCCGCCCUCUCACCCCGCCACCGAGACCUACACAACCAAGGCAUUCUGAUGGUCGCCCUCACACCCCACCUCCGGAUUACGACAUCGAGGAGCACUUUGAAGGAUACUGGCACGGCUACAGUGAACGAUUUCAGAAAUCGAACCUCAACGACCUGAUGAAAAAACGCGCCAGUCAGGCACUGGACGAACGGGUCCAUGAAGAGUUCGUUUUGAAAAAUGGCGCCCCGAAAGAACCGGAUUUUAAACCAAGAGGGACAAAAUCUGCGAGUAAAAUCUUUUCAAAUGAGAGGGCUUUUUCAAGAUCAAUUCAAAUGGAAAUGGACGCGAGACCCGGGGCUAAUAAGAUGUCUGCAUAUGACCUCUUGGGUAAUGACAAAGACGGGAAACCUUACGAAGACUUAGAUUCAACUCUUGGAUAUCUCCCAUAGUGUGUGGCUGCCAUCUGAAUAUUUUUUUCAUCAAAAUGUGGGAAUCUAGGAAAGGGGACCAAAGAACAAUCAUUGUAUGUAUGUGAUCAAGAGUGCUGUCCUUCAUCAGACGUCGUCACGACUUAGAGAUGUUGCACUUACUUCCUCCUAGCCCUGCCAUUGAUUCACUCUUGUCAUUUCUUGUUCUCUUGGGGUGUUUGGAUGGGGAGGGGAGGGGUAAGUGCGCUGUGUCAAUUACUCAAAGUCCAAAUCAACUCUUAGGCUGUGAUCCACGCAUUGCUAUGCCACAUUCAAAUCGUGAUGACGCCUGGAAAAUGUUGCCGCAGCGCCCGGCAUUCAAAGAUUUGCCAAAAGACCCGUACUGUUUUCAUAUACGUUAUAUUAAACAACCGUUAGUCUCGAAGUUACAGGUUCAAGAACUGUUGAUGGGUGAGGAUAUUCAAGAGAGAUUCAGAUUCCGAUCCGCAAAGGAAACAAGGUGAUUUUUUAUCUGCCUGACGCCAUCAAUUGAAAUUGAUUGUUUUUGUUACCGGUGCAUUAUUUUCAUGGGCAUACGAAACAUUCAAGGCACACUGCUUCAUUGCAGUUCUGACGACAGCCAACGCAAUAUCCGUCGUCAAAAUUCCAAUUCGUUUCGUUCUCGGAUCAUAUUUUGAACCUCUCUAUUUCUUGCCGUACAACAAGAGUACCAAAAAAAAUGGUACAAGAUAUGAUACAUUAUUGUACUAUUAAUCAUUUUGUAACCAAAAUCACGUAGCUGUACUUUGGAUAUAUCUUGGCAGCCAGUUUCUGCUCUCGAUCCACAUACUUCUGUAUAUAAUUUUCUCUAACCAUGAUAACUUUUGUAAAUAUUGCUACAUGUAUAUGAGGUUAAUUGUGCUCUGGCAGCAGUUUCCUCUUAUUACUGUAAACGUUUCUCUGAGCUGUUCAUCACAAAUAUAUAAAAUCGUGUCGACAUUACGUGUACACGUGAGACUUCGGAGUAUGCAUUUUUGGUGUCUAUUGUAAUAUUGUUUCCACAAGUCAUACUAUGUUUAUAUGAUCGAAAACUCACAUGUACAUGUCGUGCCCAUGUCAACAUAUCGUGCAAGUUGACAAUAGGCAGGUUUCGCAAACCGUACGAACUAGGUAGUACGAAGGUCUGUGGUGUCAUAAAGUCCUGUUAAGUGACUCGUAAUACGGGUGUGAGUUUUGAACUUGCCGAAAGUCUCUAUUUUUCAUCCGAUAUCUUGAUGUAAGUGCGAAAUAGGUUAGACAUUCCGUGAUUGAAUGUGACUAAUACCAUCCCUCUUAGAAUAUUCUAUUCAUCCAUUCAAUUCUCUUUGAAAGGCUGGAUAUGUAUUUACUUAAGUACAUGUUUUUCCAUUUAAACAGCUCUUUUCCAGGCAUUUUGAUAGUCGGUGUAUUUUCUAAGCUUGAUAGAAAUUAAGACAACGUUUAAGUUUACCACUCUGGGUUCGACGGAGCUUACUGUGUAAGUUUCCCUAAGCCGUCCAUCACUAAGUUGGUGACUCACUGGAAAUACAUGGGAUCAAUUCGUAUUAUCAUAAAUACGCAAUUUUGCCUUCUCUGAUCGGAUAUUUCAUACGAUAAAUUUGGCAAAUAUUUUGGGCCUACUGUGGUUUUAUUGGGUCCGUAUUUAAACCGCCAAAUGGUAAACCAAUUUGUUAGCAUGUACAGUCAUGACUGUGUGAUUAUCAAGGUUAAGUGUUGUGUAUUAGAAUAUGUUUGAGACAAUCUUUUCAAGUGUGAAAUACAUACAUGUUAGAAUGGUGUGGUUUCACUCAACUCUUGCUUUGGUGAAGCAUAGCUAAUUGUCCCUGAUAUUUACAUGUCAUGGCGAUCAAGUUAUUGUCCCUCACGUAGUUUCUUAAAGGAGUACGCCGUUCGUAUUACAUGUAACUGGUGGCUCAGGAAAAUAGAAAUGCAGUCAUACGCAAUACCGUAGUGCUGUUAUGCAUGCAAAUUUGUUGAAACUUGUAUUUAUAAUAUCAUCUGCAGCUGUCAACCCAACGGUUUUGGUGACGUACAUGUAAUAUUCAUUUCGUACAUGAAUACACAAGAAAUUAAUUCUCGGUAUACGCAAUCGGAAAUUUUCAAAUUAAAAUACAAAUUUCGAAUUUUUAACGAACGGUGUAGACCCUAAAAGCACAAACAGUUGUGACAUGAACACCAAUGUAAUCGUUCAUUGGAUCAGUAAAUAUGUUAUAUUGAUGUACUCAUGCCUUGUGUAACGGGAUUUAUUGUCCAACUGUAAUUUAUUGCGUUCCGUAUAAAAUGCAGGAAGACGAGUCACUUGAUUUUCUCCUGGUGACGAAACAGUUACUUCGUACAGGAAUCCAUUUGUAUAUGUAUUGUAUAUGUAAAGAAAUAUAUCAGUUAAAUAGUUUCAUGCCAAAAUCUCGUGAUAUGCCAAUGUGUGGUUAUAAUGAUUGUAACCGUCCAAAGUCAAUAAUUCUAUUUUUGUGGACAAACCCGUAUAUUUGCAAAUGUUGUUCGUAGUUGUAUCAUAUCUUUCUCUAAUGAAAAUAUUACAGUUAAAUAUAAAAAUAUUUACGAUGAAUUUA